AUGGCUGCCUUUGUUUUCGACAUCGACGGUGUGCUGUCCAAGGGGUCGCAGCCUUUACCAGGGGCCAAAGAGGCUCUCCAAGUUCUACAGGCCCGCAACAUCCCUUUCAUCUUCUUGACCAACGGAGGAGGGCUGACGGAGGAAGCGCAUGUGGACAAGCUCCGUGUCAGAUUGGGACUUGAAGAGCUUGACGAGAAUCAAUUUAUUCAAAGCCACACACCCUAUCGAGCGUUGGUCCCAGAGUAUGGUGACAGGACAAUCCUCGCCCUGGGCGGCCACAGCGACAAGGUUCAGAUCUCGCGCAUGCCUAUGGUUUUCGAAAGCAAACACGGAAGGAAGGACCCAAUUUCUCCGCUCGACAUCAGCACCGAUGGCAGCGAAAGUGGCGAAAGCAACGACGGCCUGCUCCGUAUACACGCGAUUCUUGUCUGGAACUCACCCCGAGACUGGUGUCUGGACCUUCAGGUCGUCCUUGAUCUGCUCCUGUCCGUGGACGGCAUCGUUGGGACCCGGUCCCCGAAAAACGGCGACGCUACCCUGCCGAAUGGCGGUUAUCUCCAGGACGGCCAGCCCAGGCUUUUCUUCAGCAACCCAGACUUUGAAUGGGCCACGCAGCACGCGCAGCCGCCCCCUAGCCCAAGGCGCUUUUCCGACAGGCCUUGUGCGGCCUUUGGCCCUACAAGACAAAGGGGUUUAGCCCAGCCUCGCCUCACGGGGGUCGGCAGCCGACGAAGCGAGGAAGUCUACGCGAGAAGCCCUGAAGCCUGGAACGGCACUCCACCAGAAGAGGAAAUCGACUCGGCAUACACCAUUAAGACCGUUUUCAUAUAG